CACCUUGCAAGCAAAACUCACCAACGAGAACUAACGAUGGACGCGAGCAUCGCUCGAGGAGGAAUCUCCCACGUUUUAUCCCAGGCUCGAGCCUCGCUCAAACACCCGUCAAGACCAUUCACGCCGCAGUCUUCGAGUCGUCCAUUGUUCCACGGAGAUGAUUAUCGUCCAGGGUCACGUCCGAGCUCUUCGUACACAGCAGUGGAGCUGGAGGAAAUGGCUCAGCAGAAGACACAGCAGCAACGCACUCCAUUGGUACCAAUGCCCACCAAGCUUCCACCACGACUAAGUGGACGCAAGGCCCGACCUCCAGCAACCGCCAAGCGCAGUGAAAAGACCAUUUCAGCUUCAUCCAGCAGCCUCAAGUUGGUCCACGCCCCGGUUCUGUCUGAUGACUCGGAAGAUGAAUUGUCAAGUGCAGACGCCCAAGCGGCGGCGGAGACGCAGUUUGAUUCGGAAUCCUCUCUCAGUCUUCCUUCUACCGACGAGCUGGUACAGUCCUACGAUGACAUCGAGCGCUGCAUGGACGAUCUACUUGAUCUGGCAGAAUCGCCAACCUUCCUCACCAAAGUUGGUCAGUUGCGUGGAUUGGUGGACGCGUUUGUGGAUUUGAGCUUGUUUCUCCAAGCUGGCAGCAAAGACCGAAGUGUAAGAGACCCGGAAGAUGCAGCAGCUGCGAAUCUUCGAGGCCAGCUCUUCCACAAACUCUCCGACGUGCUGCUUGAAAACUGGGCUACCAAGGCGGAAUGUGUACUGGAGCUAGCACCAUCGCUUCUGGCUUUGUACUGCAGCUGCAGUGAUGAUAACGCUGAGACCAGUGCACAAGUCGUUAAGCUGGGGAAGGCCCUGUUUGUCCUGAGUAAAGACAGCGGUAACGAUGGGAGUUUCUGCAAUGUUCGCUACGUGGAGGCCGUUCUCCACGCUAUUGCCGACACUGGCGACCAGUCUUCUGAACACGAGGACGACAGGCACUCGGAAGACAGCGAUGUCCCUUUCAUCCUCCCCUCAGGGCAGCGAAAGAUCCCCAUGAAGGCGCUAAUUUACGCUGCUGGAACACUGAAAAACUGCUCCAAUGCAGAGGACAAGAUGGCUCGCUUGCUGGCUACCAACCGAGCGAUUGCAAUUCUCAGCGAGACGAUACUGUGGCGCUCAGACGAUGUCGUUCGAAACAAGGAGAUUGCUCAAUUCUUGAUCCAAACUACCGGUAUUUUACGCAAUUUAUCCGUCACCAAGAGCAACCACAAACAGUUCCUCGAAGCUCGCAUUCCUCUGCGGCUGUGCGGAAUGAUCCCUGCGCUCCUAAACCACCAAGAAUUGAUGGUGAACGUCUCUCGCAUCUUGAGUAAACUCACCUUACACGAACUCCCUCGAGCUCAGAUCAACCAGAACUCGAGCAACCUACAGAACCUCAUGGCUCUCAUCGACCAUCGCCAGAACUCGUGGCUUUCACUCACGGACCCACAGCGUCCGGACAUGCGCUUCCAAGACUUGCUCUUCGUCCGCGUCUUCUUCAUACUUGGCAAUUUGUGUGCCGGCAACGACCAGAAUCGACGUUUGAUUGCGACAAACUCCGGGGUUUCCAUCAUGCUGGAAGUGCUACAGUUCUAUGCUGCUCGAUAUUCGGACGCUCGGAACGCAGAGCGCACAGACGAGAAGGAAGAGCGUCGCUGCGCUACAGAAGGAGAACAGGCGAUGGAAGUCUUGAUCAAACUCGUCCGUGUGGUUGCAAACCUGGCCAUAAACGCAGACGUGGGUGCUCAACUGAACGGAUACGAAGCGCUGUCACCUCUACUGGAGGUGCUGGAAGUCUCUCAACGAGUGGAGGAUGAAGAACUCAUGCUGAACACCGUAAGCUGUAUCACCAAUGUGUCUUAUUACAGCACAGAAUCAGUCAGUGGCUCGAGAGAACCAGUCCAGAAGGACGACUACUGCUUCAUUGAAAGCAACCGCGUUGCCAUCACCCAGCUUCUAUCGCGAAUUCUGCUGGACAGGAACGAAGAAGCGGUGGUGGAAGCGGCCAGAGCGUUUGGAAAUUUGUCGCGAUUUAAAGAUGUGUUGGGGUACAUGAGUGAGCUCAAAGUGCUGGAUUGUCUAGUGGUUCUGCUAGAUCACAGCAGCCGUGAAGUCGUUUACACUGUGUGUGGCGUCUUGAUGAACGCUGCGCUUGAUCAGAAGACGCGCCAAUCUUUACUAUCAGUUCGCCCCAUGGGUGAAAAUGAAGAUGUGGACGUCCGUAGUUUGCUGGUAGGAAUCGUCAAAUGUGCUGCGGUAGAUGACCUGGACAUGACGCUGAUAGCAAGUAAAGCGCUCUACAAUCUACUGCUUUCCCAGGAUGUCAAGGCCGGUGACAGUGUCGACAACUUCACUUCUGAUGCCAUGAGUUUACGUCGAACCAUUGAAGAAGUUCUGGAAGCCAUCGAUAAUAACCAACUACACGAACUUCGCUUGGUACUCCCACAGCUACUAAGGAGUGUGAAUUACAUCAUUAACGCCAUGUAA